AUUUGGUGGAAAAAGAAGCUCUAAGAGUAGAGUCGCAAAUCAUGGAACUAGAAAAUAGAAGGAUAUUCAGAGACCCCAAGUUCAAUCCCUAUCUCGUCAAUUGUUCCAAUAUUGAUCUCAAGGGCUUGACUUUUCCGUGUUACAGAGAGAAACCCUAGAGCAAGAAGAGAAGAGAGGUAGAAGAAAAUGCUAGCUAGACACGGUCUACGAUCUCGGACACGAGACCUAUUUUCAUGUCCCUUCAGGAAGAAGGGGUACAUCCCUCUCUCCACCUACCUCAAGACCUACAAGACCGGCGAGUAUGUCGAUAUUAAGGUGAACGGCACCAUUCACAAGGGUAUGCCCCACAAGUUCUACCAUGGCCGAACUGGGCGUGUCUGGAACAUCACCAAGCGCGCUAUUGGCAUGGAGGUUAACAAGCAGGUUGGGAAUCGCAUCAUUAAGAAGAGGAUUCAUGUUCGUGUGGAGCAUGUCCAGCCCUCUAGAUGCACUGAGGAGUUCAGAAAUAGAAAGUUAAGGAACAAUAAGCUCAAGGCCGAGGCCAAGUUGAAGGGUGAGGCCAUCAGCACCAAGAGGCAGCCAGAGGGUCCCAAGCCAGGUUUCAUGGUCGAAGGAGCUCAGUUGGAAACUGUCACCCCCAUUCCUUACGAUGUUGUCAACGAUCUCAAGGGUGGUUAUUAGAUCUUUUUAUGUAUUAUUUUUUCUUCUCAAUGUUCUGUUCUUAUCUGGUUUUGAUUUUGUUUUCAAGACUACCAAUGGAAACGUUUCCUUAAUUAGUUCAAGUACUCGAAGCCGUUGUUAGUUUUCAUAUUUUGAAUACUAUUCUAAGUACAA